CCAAAAAGGUUUUCUGGUUUUUCUGGGUUCACCCAUCUUAGCCACGCUUCUACGCAAUAUCUUCUUGGCAAGACAUCCUCAAUCGGCCACCCUUCUCCGACACACCAUUAAUUCCUGUCUGCUUUGAACCCUACACCCCUCCUUUCCCGUGUCUCCCUCUGCCGCUCCUCUCUCUCUCUCUCUCUCGUCUGCUCCUACAAAUCCUUCGCGCUCUCUCUCUCCGUGACUGUGCGCUAGCUAGGCUGCUGGGUUAUGGCUUCCGGCACCGGCUCUCCGUGCGGCGCGUGCAAGUUCCUGCGUCGGAAGUGCGCGAGCGACUGCGUGUUCGCGCCCUACUUCAGCUCGGAGCAGGGGGCGGUGCGGUUUGCGGCCAUCCACAAGGUGUUCGGCGCCAGCAACGCGGCCAAGCUGCUGCUUCACGUGCCGCAGGCCGACCGGUGCGAGGCGGCCGUGGCCAUCGCUUACGAGGCUCAGGCCAGACUCAAGGAUCCUGUGUACGGCUGCGUAGGGCACAUCUUCGCCCUGCAACAACAGGUUACUACCUUGCAGCUGCAGCUGAUGCUUGUCAAGGCGCAGAUAGCCCAACGCUUGGUUACUUCACAGCCUUCAGGGAGCCAAUGGCAAGGAAAUGAUGACGGCAACCCUUUUCUCCAACCAUAUUCUUCUUGGGAAUCCAUGUCUUCUUCUCAGAGUUCCCGUAACUUCAUCAAUCAAGAUUCUACUAGACUUUUACCGAAGCAUGAUGCUGUCUUCAAGGAGGAUCUCUCCGUAGGUGGCAGUAGCAGCAAGAUGUGGGCGACACAUGCCGAAGUGGGGGAGCUUCAAGAUUUGGCUUUCAGAAUGGCAGGCAACUUGUGAUGUUGAUACCAAUUAUUUAUGAUUUAGUCGAGCUAUCGAAGAAACAAAAGGGGACGGAUGACUAUGUUCAGAAGAUGUUUCAUCUCUAAAUUCUUGAUAUUAAGUUUAAUUAGAUUCCUUCGGUUGGUAUGUUUAUAUGCUAAUGAAGCAGUCAUAAGUAACGAAGGCAACAAACCGAAGCUAACUAUUGAUCUUUGAGGUAAGAACUUGUCGACAAGACUUGUUGCUCGAGAGGUGAAUAUGAAAACACUUGAAUUGUA